AUAUAUAUAUAGACACACACAUACAAUUUGCUUGUUGCUCGCAGUAGGCGUGGCACACAUUCCUCCUCCCUCCCACCGCAUGUGUGUGUGUGUGCGAAAUUUUGUUGUGCGGAAAUUAUUGAAAUUUUACUUUUGAUUUUGUUGGCCAAGCGCGCGCUCUGCCCUAGAAAGUGUCCUUACGGCUAUGUUUAAGGGACGCGUUGCGACGGUCACCGACGGCGUUUCGUCCCUUUCGCACUGACAAAUUUCCGUGCAUAUCCGCUACAACAACAGCGAAAGUGAACAAUAGCAACAACAACUGCAACAAACUAAACAAACAAUUUGCGUAGUCCCUAUUUUUAGUGUUCCCCACCUUUGGCUCCUUCUACAGCCCCUGCUCCUGCUCCUGCUCCUGCUCCUUCUUUUCCCACUCCUGCUCCUGCUGCGCCUUCAUCAGUCCGCAACUCGUUCGCUUGCCGCACAUCCGUCGCCAUUUUGGACAAUAAUUUCGUUUCCGCUUUGCCAAAUGUAACGGUAAACGGCAAUAAAAACACACACACAUACACACAAAACAAAACAAAAUGCCGCCAACGGACGUGAAGUGAACCGAAGUGAAGUGACGUCUUGAGUCCAUUAAAAGCAAAGCCAUUGAAACAGAAAGUGAAUUAAUUGCAAUCGAAUGAAAUUACAAAUCGACUUCAGGUCUUUUGAUUAAAAAGCAAAUACAAUCUAUUUAAAAUUAGACAAUUUUUGGAUAAACUUUAACUAAGAAACCAGCAUAAUCCUGAGAGUCAAGUGGAAUCCAUUGGUUCACCAACAAGUAGCCGUUGACGCUUCGGAAGGUCGCGCCAUGUACGAGAAUUCGUGUUCGUAUCAAACGGCGCUGGACUUGAAGCGCGUCUCACCGCCGACGCUCGCCCAGGUGAAGACGGAGGAUUGCCUGACCCUGGGCCAGUGCUCGCCGGACUGGACCUCAUAUCGCUUCCAUCAGUCGACGUUCGAGCAGCUGAAGCAGAGCGUGGAGAAGGCCAAGGCGGCGCUGCAGGAUCGCAGCAGUUUCUUCGGUGCCAGCAGCGCCUUCAGCGACAUCUACUCCAGCCAGCGGCUGAGCGAUACGCUGGACACGCUGCCCGCCAUGCAGAAUGGCAGUGGAGCUGGCAAUUGUUUGGGCCUCUCGCACAAUGCGGGCGCUGGCGUGGGCGUUGGCGUGGGUGUGGGCGUGGGCGUGCUCAAUUAUAACACUGUAAGCAGCAGCAGCAGCGUCGGCGUCGGCGUCGGCGUACUUGGCAGCAGCGUGCAGCGACAUCGCCUCGACACACUGCAGCCCCCCUCGGGCUGCUCGCCAGCGGGCACCCAGCACGGAGUCAUCACGUCCAGCGCGGGCCAGCUGUCCGCCUCAACCUUGGAUGUGGUGGCCAGCUCGCCCUCGCUGCCACCGGCGCUGUCAGCGUCAACCACCUCGCAUGUGGAGCACAAAGUGCGAACAGAGAAAUCGUCGCUGGAUUGCGCUACAUCGUCCUCGCAUGCUGUCGUCGCCUCGUCCUCCAGCGCAGCAGCCUCUGCGUCCAGCCAUGGCAAAAGCAGCAGCAGCAGCGGCAGCAACGCCGCCAACAAUAACAAUGCCAGCAAUUCACUCUAUUCCUCGUACAAAUCGUCGUGGGGCUCCCACAGCUCCACACAAUCACAAGGCUACAGCUCGAAUGCCUUGAGCAUUAAACAUGAUCCGCACUCACAACUACGGCAACCUGAUCCAUAUCAAAUGUUCGGACCCACCAGCAGCCGACUCGCCAGCUCAGGCUCGGGUCAGAUACAAUUAUGGCAGUUCCUGCUCGAGCUGCUGUCGGACAGCAACAAUGCCAGCUGCAUCACCUGGGAGGGCACCAACGGCGAGUUCAAGCUGACCGAUCCCGACGAAGUGGCCCGCCGCUGGGGCGAACGCAAAUCGAAGCCCAACAUGAACUACGACAAGCUGAGUCGCGCCUUGAGAUACUACUACGACAAGAAUAUAAUGACCAAGGUGCACGGCAAGCGCUACGCGUACAAGUUUGACUUCCAGGGCCUGGCGGCUGCCACACAGCCGGCGGCCAGCGAUCCCACCUACAAGUAUCAGAGCGAUCUGUUCAUGACGCCAUAUCAUCACAGCGCCAAGCUGAGCUCGUUUAUGAGUCCGCAUCACGGCAUGACCUCGUCCUCAGCUUCCAUCUUUCCCACGGCCGCCUCGUGGGGCAAUUGGGGCAGUCCGGCCACCAAUUUGUAUCAGCCGCACUCGAUGGGCCAUGUGACCCCGUCGCAUGUGGCGCCGCACCUGAGCUCCUAUCCGCACUAUGCAUGACCAUCAUAAUAUGAGA